AUGACCUCUAAGUCAGACAUCAAUUUUGCUACAUACAAUCACCUCAUUGUUGUCUGCUGCCAUGCCAUUUACACCGGAGGUUCACAUCUGGGAGCCUCAGAGAACGAGUGGCUGAUUGAGCCCUUCCAAAAAAGAGAAACACCCACAUUUAUCGAUCAUGUCAAAGCCGGAUUGAAAGCUCUAGCAGAAGACUCCCAUAGCUUGCUUGUGUUCUCUGGCGGGCCAACCAAGAAGCCUAGAACUGAGCUCAGCGAAGGUCAAUCUUACCUUAAUCUGGCCAGAGAUAACAACUACUUUCAAAACAUGUCCACUAUCUCUACAAUUGACCCAUCGAGAGUCAUCGCAGAAACCAACGCCACAGAUUCAUAUCAAAACCUACUGUUCUCUUUAAUACAGUUCCGGGUAUACACAGGCGUUUAUCCACAGACAGUCACAAUCGUGACGCAUGAGUUUAAACGCGCUCGAUUCAUGCAAUGUCACUUUCCAGCUGUGGGUCUUGUGCCUAUUGGUCCGGAGCAAGAAUAUUAUACGCACAAAGCCGCUGUGAUAGGUAUCAAUCCACCAGCGGAAGUCACUCCACCAGAAACCUUGACUCAAGGCGAGGCUAUGAAUGGGAUUGGGCUUUGGAAGGAAGAUCUCUACGGAGUGAACCCGGACCUGGUAGGAAAAAGGGUGAGACGAGGCUGGUCCACUGGAAUGGAGCACGAUGUGUUCUUCGAUCUGGGACUGGAAAAUGUGGUGUUGGAUCUACUCCGCUAUGAUGGAGGUGAUCAUUGCAAUAAGUGGUUCCCGAAGCGAGAGAGGUUGCCUUGGUCUUAUACCAGACAUAGUACAACCAAGGGGCAUUGA